GCCGCUCGCACGCUAAUCGUUCACAUCGGCGAAGAACGAGGAGAGGAAAACUGCCACAGCCACUGCUGGGAGAAUGCGGCGGGCGACAUGAGUCGACAGCAGGACGAAGAUGGGGUGGUUUUGACUGCCUACUUCAGCAACAGCGAAGCCCUGCCGCCCGCGGGGGGGACGCGCUGCGCAGACGGAGCAACGGGCUCUCCAGCCAGCUGCAAGACGGGCCACCGCAUCGUCCGUAGCCCUGCCAGAAACGCCCGGAGGAAGGCGGCGCUCGACCGCUGCGCCUCGCAGGACUCCCUGGACGAGCUGUCGCUGGAUGACUACUGGAAGGAGGUGGAGAAUAUCCACCAGAGCAGCGGGAGCGAUGCGGAGCAGCAGGACGAGGUGCAGUUGAAGGUUCCCGAUGAGGGAGAACAGGAGGAGGCGUGGCUUGCCGAGGCAGGGCUGGCCACCCUGUUCGAUGAGUCGGUCGCGGUCCCGGAGGACACCAUGUCCUUGCUGUCGACGCUGACGCGGACGCAGGCGGCGGCAGUCCAGAGGAGGGUGGAGACUGUCAAGCAGACGCUGCGGAAGAAGAACAAGCAGCACCAGGUCCCUGAUGUGCGGGACAUCUUCAAGCCUCCGAGCUCACAGGGGGAAAAGCUCAAGGGUGAAGCUCUGCCAGCAAAGAGAAGCGAAAACGGAAAAGGAGAAGUUUCCUCGGACGGACAGGCCGGCAGCGUCUGCGAAAACGGGGAGGGCAUCGCGGCGCGGUCGGAGACGCACGUCGACCUCGAAGCCUCCUUCUCGGAGCAGGCCCUCGUGUACAAGGAGGGGACAAAGGGUGGCGGAGCCCCGAGCGAUGCUGACGACAAGUUGCCGACUUUCAGGAUACCCAGAGAGAAGACCGGUACAACAAAGGUGGGCGACCUUGGCCCUGCAGACAUGAAGAAGGUGCAGCGGCUGGCGCUCAUUGAAAUGACGGCGCUGUUCGACACGGCAUCGAUCGACCUGAAGGCCCACAAGGCUGUCAAGCUCAAAUUCAAAGAGUCGGGGCUUUUCGGAGUUCCUCUCUCAACUCUUUUGGAGCAGGACCAAAAGAGAGUACCGGGGACUAAAGUCCCCCUGAUCCUUCAAAGGUUAAUUUCCCGCAUAGAAGAAGAAGGGCUGGAUACUGAAGGUCUCCUUCGGAUCCCGGGGGUGGCCACAAGAGUCAAGGCCAUGUGCCUGGAGCUGGAGGUGAAGUUCUAUGAGGGCACAUUCGCCUGGGAGACCCUGAAGCAGCACGAUGCCGCCAGCGUGCUCAAGCUCUUCAUCCGGGAGCUUCCGCACCCUCUGCUGACCGUGGAGCACCUGAGCGCCUUCACGUCCGUGCUCAAGCUGCCCACCAGGAAGCAGCAGCUGCAGGCACUGAACCUGCUGGUGCUACUGCUGCCGCAGGCCAGCCGCGACACGCUGAAGGUGCUUUUGGAGUUCUUCGAAAGGGUCAUUGACCACAAGGAGCAAAACAAGAUGACUCUGAACAACGUCGCCAUGGUGAUGGCGCCCAACAUCUUCAUGUUCAAGGGCUUCCGCCACAAGAUCAGCGAGCAGCAGGAGUUCAACAUGGCCUCCGAGAUGGCCAACAUUGUCCGACUGCUAAUCCGGUACCAGAACUUGCUCUGGACGAUUCCUAAGUUCAUAAUGGACCAGGUGAGAAAGCAGAACAUGGAGAAUCAGAAGAAGAUGUCGAGAGACCGCGCGAUGAGGAAGAUCCUGAAGAAGAUGGCGUACGACCGCGAGAAGUCCGACAAGCAGGAGAAAAAUCCAGCAGAGGGGGACGGCGCUCAGGGAUUCAUCCGCGUUCAGGCCCCGCAGUUCUCCAAGAUCUCCAUGGCGGUGCAGCUCACCAACGACCUGCAGGCGUCCGACAUCCUCGCCCGCUUCGUCAACCAGGAGAGCGGUCACCCCGUGAAGAGGGAGGACAUCAGCCUGUACGAAGUUGGAGGCAACAUCAGCGAGCGGUGCUUGGACGAGGAGGCCUACAUGAAGGACCUCAUGGAACUGAACCCCAGCGCGGACUGGGUUAUCAGGCCCGUGCAGCGCUAACGCGUAGCUCUGCGCCGACCCCUCCCUGAGCACUACGCGGGACCAGGGGACGCUCCAAACUUGUACUGUUUAUUCUACUUUGAAGUCGGACCGAGCGGGACGGUGGCGCCGCGGUGCCCCCUCACCUUGGUGUCCGGGUAAACUAAGGAAACGCGAGCGGUGGCUGCAAUCGUGGGUAAUCGUCCGGCACGUUCUUCAAGCGACGGACGAGAUGCUGCGGAACCGAGCCUUUUCCCGUUGCCCUUCUAGAACGUGUCGGAACAUGCCCGCGUGGCGAGGGAGGUCAGGAGAAGCCCGGCGAGCGGUCGGGGAACGGGCUUCGAUUUGUACCGGUGAUCUCCGCUCACCGUUACGGUCUUUCUGACGGGCCGCUGGACCGGGGUGGCUCCGCGGCUCAGGUGAACGGAGCUGUAUUUGGAUGACAUCGCUGUUACCUAGCAACCGAAUCACUGGUCCUCUUUAAAAUGCACAGGAAAACGAGUGUAGACAUAAACAACGUACCACUAUUUUCUGACACCGAUGAACAUGAAAAAUUACUUAUUGAGAAUAGUCUGUCGAAGCUCGUGGCAGUGACCCGACAAUAACCUGUUAACUACUGCUCACGAAUUAUUUUGGAUAUUUUCAUGGUUAUGGUAGUGUAAUGUUGGGGGUGUAAACAUGUAUUAACAAACGAUGGUAACUUUGUUCCAUCCCUACUGCACAAGCAUGUUUGAUGUGUGGUUUGUAACACGGAAUUCAGGAGCACAUUAUAGCACCUUCGCUUUUAAGUAGCCAAAAAUACGCUGCGUUUAUGUUGUCCCGUUAGAAGGAUAAGUCUGGUUUCUCCGUUGCCGUUGGAUGUAGUGGCACGGCGCCGGGCCGUCUCGCGCCGUUUGUGGGUCUGCGACGAGCCGAAAGUCACGGGAAAACUUUUUUUUUUUUUUUUUUGGGCGAAAUAAAGAAUUCACUAAUGCCGACUGCCAAAUUGUGUUGUAAAUGGUGGUAUGACGGGACUGGGAUCGACUUGGGUGCCUUACGUCACCGCAGAAUUCAGUUUUAUGUGCUUGCAUCAGUUAAAAGUUUGAGUACACUUGCUGAAGCUAGUUUUUUUCCAUAAAUGGAAUGGUUCUAAGUCAAGGUGAUUACUCCGAGUUGUCCUUCACCUUCCUUAUUGACCCGAUAGCCCUUGUAUAACUUUGAGUUAUCCAGCCAGGUAGUCACCUUGCUGAAAAGUGAAGUCGUGCAUCAUUAUUAGCCAUAGUCCUCGUGGAAGGGCAUGCCUGUGAAGUGCUAUGAUAGCCAUGCUGGUUGAGAUUGUCAUGGACUUGGCGAACAUCACCAAGUCAGCGAGCGCUAAAGCAGCACCAGACCAUGACCCUGUCUCCUCCGUGCUGGCCAGUGGGAACCACACGGGCACAACUCUUGCGCUCACACACACUGUUUCUUAUAAACACUCAAGGGUUCGUCAGACCAACUCCUCCGGUGUAGACUUUGUUUUUUUUUUUUUUUUUUUUCCCCUCACCCGGGAAAGUUUGGGUUCAAGCAGGUGUAUUUUAACUGGUAUCGGAGGACAUCUCUUCCCAGACGGGGAGGUCAGCACGUCAGCAAGGCAAAAGAAGCAAAACACUUGAGAGAAAAUUUGUAAAAAAAAAAAUCAUUAAAUCUGUAAAUGAACACGCUUGGUACCGAUUUUUGUGACACUUGAUCCUGAAACACGAAAACGUACUCCUUCCUUGCUCGCCGUAAUGUUGCUCUUCUGUCUCUUGCAGAAAUGGGGGGCAACGGAGUAAAUCAUGAUUUUUAUUUGUCCCGCCUUGACUUUACACUGUGAACGUACUUAUUUACACUAAAGCGUAUAUGUUUGUUUUUUUUUUUUGCACUAUCUCAAGUUAACCACUAAUACCGGUUGUAAAUAAA